AUGGACGCGGGAUGGAUGGGUGUAAGGUCGGCGGCGUGCGGGCAGGAUGGUGAGGAGGAGGAGAAGGAGGAGGAGGAGGAGGAGAAGGAGGAGGAGGAGGAGGAGCAGACGAAGACAAGACUUGGACUCGAGUCUUCAACGAGUUUGCUCAGGGCCCGGCUUGACAGGCAGACGGGCUCACCACAGGCACCAUGGCUGCAGGGCUCCUCCUAG